ACAGCUCUUUUUGUGGCGCGGUAUGGGAUGCUCUUCUGUCGGAAUUUGAUGAAGAAAGUGGAUAUGAAACCUUAGUUUGAGCUGCUUAAGUUUAUGCAGCCAACUGAUAGAAGGUUCAGUUUUUAUUGUCUGGUUGUUGAUGCGUAUUCCAAAGUAUUAAGGACUUCCAGUGCUGCUUAUACGGAGACCGUUCUUGAGGAAUAUUUCCAGUGGCUUCAGUGGGAGGAGCUGGAGCAGGAGGAAGAGGGAGCGCCGAUGGCUCUUCUUGAGUUGCAUGUUUUUGUGGAGAGUGUUGACUUUUUUGCUCAGAUGGAGGAUGACUUGUAUUCUGAUAUCAUGGGGAACCAGCUAACACGAAUGCAUCGUGAUCUUUAUGAUCUGUAUGCGUCCCCUUCAACGGGGAUGAUGCAACGUGCACCAACUAUGCCUGGAAUGUCUUCUCGUCUACCUGAGGAACCAGAGCCAAAGAGACAAAAGUUUGACGAGUCAGCUCGUGUUCUAGAAGACCAGUUAGUUGCUCCGGGUUCCCCUAGGAUCAGGGUUUCUGUUCCAACACCGGAUGGAAGACAAGUCGUUGACAUCACAGUGAAGUCGUUAUCGGAAAACGUGGCAAGUCUGAAGGAGAUAAUAGCUGGGGUGGUCCAAAUUCCAGCAAAGCAAAUCAAGUUAAGCGUAAAAGGAUGCCUUUUGGAAGACAAAAAGUCACUUGUACAAAACAGUGUGGGAGCAGCAGAAGACAUCCUAACACUGUCUUGGCGCAUGUCAAGGUGGACGUAGGGAAAUGCGCCAAGACAUGUUUUACUUUAUAUGUGUGAUUUCUAUGAGAACAAGGAACUUAUAAACUUACGUUUUGGAAUGGCCUGUUGUUUAGGUGAGAACUCGUGAUUUCUAUGAGAACAAGGAAUGUAAGUUUCAUGCUUCAAUAUUGAGACCUCUUAAAAUAAUCAUAA